AUGCUUCUCCAUAACCUCCCUCUCAUAGAGGUCUCGAGUCAACACAUAUCAAACGACUGCACUGAAUGUUAUGGUACCAGGAGUGUAUGGAUCCGAGGAAAAUAUGAAGUUCUAAUCAUGGCGCUUGAGGUGUGAAAUGAUGUCUUCUGUUGUGCGGGGAACAUGUCGAUUAGAAAAUGAUUGCUGGAGGAGUGAGUUACAUAUGCCCACGAAAUGGUGUCGAAAUGCACGAGGAAACUUCCAUGCGAUCGGGAUCUUCUCCGGUUUUGGAGGCAACAUCGUGGGAAGAAUAACAUCAAUUCAAGGAAAGUGUCUACACGCCUCAAAUCGUAUGCAUUCGGUAUCUUCAACGAGGGAGAUAUUAUUAGAUGCAAUUGGCUCUGUUCACCGUGGUAUCAUGGGACUGGUCGAUUUGUGUCCAAGAAGAACAACACGGGAGGUGGCUGCGAAACUUCUUUUACGAGCAAUCCUCCACGAAAACGUCGACGCCUAUAGUUCUCCAGAAAAGAACAAAACAAGAAUCGGUAAGCAGCCUUGAUGCAGUUGAUGAGCGCGGAAAGAAAUGGAUGUUUUUAAAUCCUCUCUCUUUCUUGCCGGUGUGACUAAAAAAGGCAAGAGAAGCUAAUCAGCCCUUUCCUCCGCGGUGCCUUAACCAAUCUUCUUCUUCGUGGAAACGCAGGCAAAAUGAGCACGAGCCUUUGAAAGACAAAUGCUCGUUUUAUUUCUUUAAUAGUUUAUUUGCUGUAGUGUCAUAGGACACGUUGUUUGAUGGGCAAUACGACGACUUCGUUUUCAUGUGGGGCCAGACAGAGAGCGUCCCAGACAGAGAUCACCAGACAUCAAAAGAAGUUCCUAUAAAAAGCCCCCUUCUAUGGGAGGUGAAGGUCACAGGAAGAAAGAGACCGAGCGAAACACAAGUCUCCCUUUUGGUUCUGGAUCAAGUGAUUGGUACAAGUUCAGUUUUGUCUUGUUGAAAGAUAGAGGGAGAGGGAGAGACGAUGGGCAGAUUUCUGGGGCUUGGGUUCACUCUGACCCUGCUCUUUUGCAUGGCUCAAGGCAAAGUCCUCCACUAUCAUUUCGUGGUGAAGGAGACACCUAUUAAGAUGUUGUGCGAGACGAACCGGACUGUAUUGACCGUGAACGGUCUAUUUCCUGGGCCGGAGAUUCGUGCUCACAAGGGCGACACUAUUUACGUUAAUGUCACCAACAUAGGACCAUAUGGAGUCACCAUUCACUGGCAUGGAGUGAGACAAAUAAGGUAUCCCUGGUCUGACGGCCCGGAGAACAUCACGCAGUGCCCGAUCCCUACGAACUCAAGCUUCCUUCAAAAAGUCGUACUCACCGAAGAAGAAGGCACGCUAUGGUGGCACGCUCACAGCGACUGGACACGUGCCACUGUACAUGGCCCUAUAAUCAUUUUGCCUGUCAACGGCACCAACUUCCCUUACAAGUUUGACAAACAACACACGAUUGUGAUCGCUGAAUGGUAUGCUAGAGAUACAAAGGCCAUAAUCGACGAGGCUCUUGCAUCCGGUGGAGAUCCAGACUUGUCCGUGGCCUAUACCAUCAAUGGUCAACCAGGGGACAGUUAUUCAUGCUCUAAUGGUUCCGCGUACAAUAUAACGGUUGUGCAAGGAAAAACAUAUCUCUUCCGGAUCAUUCACUCCGGGAUGAACGAAGAGAUGUUCUUCGGUAUAGCCAAGCACAAUCUCACUGUGGUCGGAAUGGACGGAGCUUAUCUAAAGCCGCUUAAUACCAAUUACCUUAUGAUAACUCCUGGUCAAACGAUGGACGUUUUGGUCACCGCAAACCAAACCCCCGGUCGCUACUACAUGGUAUUCAGUCCAUUCGUGGACACCAAUGCCCCGUCCAAUGAAAACGUCACGAGGGGGAUAUUCCAAUACAAUGGCAGUUAUAACCACUCGGAGACUCCUGUGUUACCCGAGCUUCCAGGUUUUACCAACAAGAGCGACGCCGGAAACUUCACUAUCCGGUUGAGGAGUUUGAACAACAAAGAACAUCCGUCCACGGUUCCGACCAAAAUCACUAGGAACAUUACGAUCGCGGUGUCCGUGAAUCAGCAGCCAUGUCCUGCUAAUAAAACAUGUACCGGUCCAGAUGGCACUAUGCAUUCGGCAAGCUUGAACAACAUAAGUUUUUGGGCUCCGUCGGUUAGCAUUCUCCAAGCAUACUACAACAAUCUACAAGGAGUCUACAACAAAACAUUUUCGGAUGAACCACCUUUCGUCUUCGACUACACCGGGAACGUAUCGGCCUUAGGGGAAGCUGCCAAUGUGACUACCGACGUGUUGAUGAUUAACUAUAAUGAGGAGGUCGAAAUAAGAUUCCAAGGGACCAAUUUCGGAGCAGCAGAAAAUCACCCAAUGCAUUUACACGGCUAUAGCUUUUAUGUCGUCGGAAUGGGCGAUGGAAAUUUCAGCGACUCCUAUGUAUCAGAUUAUAAUACGGUGGAUCCACCCUAUAUUAACACUGUCGGACUCCCCAAAAAUGGGUGGACAGCGAUCAGAUUCAAAGCCGAUAAUCCAGGAGUGUGGUUCAUGCACUGUCAUUUAGAACGCCAUGCGAGCUGGGGAAUGGACACAGUCCUCGUCGUCGGAGACGGGAAGUUAAAACAUCAGAAGGUGUUUCCGCCGCCCAAAGACAUGCCUCCUUGUACCGUGUCUUGAUCCGGAUGUUGUUUGCUUUGAGUUCAUUGCUAGUGCAAAAGGCUAUCGACAUCCCAAUGGGAAUAAAUCAUCUGUAUUGUGUAUUGAAUUUCGCAAUUCUGGAUCAAUUAAAUAAGUUUCGAUGUUAA